AUGCAUUAGACGCAUUUGAAAAGAUGCCUACCAAUAGGCCUACGUCGACUAAAUUGUUUAGGAAAUCAGUGUAAAACGGAGACCAUUUACAAGAAACUGAUACUUGAUUGUACUAAAAACGAUUUAAAUGAAUGUAAGGGUAUUUGCCUAGGGAGAUUUUUCAAGCCACUUUAGCAGACACGAGUCAUGCAGCAGGAGCACUUGUUCAAAGUUCUCGUGAUCGGGGAUCUGGGAGUAGGGAAGACGUCAAUAAUCAAGCGGUAUGUGCACCAAAUCUUUUCUCAACACUAUCGCGCAACCAUUGGGGUCGACUUUGCGCUAAAAGUCCUGAACUGGGAUCAUCAAACUGUCAUCCGCUUGCAGCUGUGGGACAUCGCUGGGCAAGAGCGCUAUGGCAACAUGACACGUGUGUACUAUCGGGAGGCAGUGGGAGCACUUGUGGUGUUUGACGUGACCCGGGCCUCUACCUUCGAGGCGGUGCUCAAGUGGAAGGAUGACCUCGACACCAAGGUCACCCUGGGGAAUGGCAAACCUGUCCCUGCCGUCCUUUUGGCAAAUAAAUCUGACCAGUCACGUGAGGGCCUAUGUUCACAGUUACCCAAGCUGGACACAUUUUGCCGGGACAAUGGCUUUGUGGGUUGGUUCGAGACAUCUGCAAAGGAGAACACAAACAUUGACGCUGCAGCAAGGUGUCUGGUCGAGAACAUCCUGGCUAAUGAGGAGAACCCGGGUGUGGACUCGGACCCUGACGUGCUGGUUCUUCCGGGGCUCCACAAUAAUAUCAAGGAGCGGGGAAGGUCUGGCUGUACCUCAUGCUCCAAGUUCUAACAGAACAGGGAGGAACAACAGGGGAGGAACCAUACUGAAUUACAGUGCAAGAUGUGGGUGAAGCAGGUGAUGAUAACGGAAUGAGAAAAUGUUAAGA